CUGAGGAUCACAAGAUUGAUACAGAGAAACUGUAUUUAUUGUGGAUGGCGGAAGGCUUCAUUUCCUACCAAGAUAAAGAAGCUAAUGAGACUCUAAGAGAUGUGGCUCAAAGAUAUCUAAUAGAACUUGGUAUGAGGUGUAUGGUUCAACUGCAUGAAGCUGACACCUACACUCCACUUACGAAAUUUGAUUCGUGUGGGCUUCAUGAUUUAAUGCAUGAUCUCUGUUCUUCUAAAGCAGAAAAGGAACAGUUUCUGAUGCGCAUUGAUGCUUCCAAAUAUCUAACCGACAUUCUUUUACCAACUCGAAUAGCCAUCAGUUAUGACCCCAGUAGUAACCCAAGUAUAGAUGGGUUAAAGGAAGUUAGAGGUCUUAGAUCUUUUAUUGUUCUCCCAAAACACUAUUAUCCUAAACCAACCAUGGGCUUCAAAGAGAGUAUGGUUAACUUUAAGAUGUCGCAAUACUUGAGGAUAUUUGUGGUAGAAGGUUGUGAGUUUGAAGGGGGGAAAUUACCAAGCAAAUUUGUGGUAGAAGGUUGUGAGUUUGAAGGGGGGAAAUUACCAAGCAAGGUGGGUGAACUAAUUCAUUUGAGAUACUUGAGUUUGAGGAAUUCUAAUGUGAGAGAGCUACCAAAGUCUAUAUGCAGCCUGCCAUACUUGCAGACCUUAGAUUUGCGAGUAUUAUACAAUGUUGCUAUUAGAUUGCCAAAUGUGAUAUGGAAGAUGAAAAGACUAAAGCAUCUAUUUCUCAAUACUGGAAUAGAAGUGAUUGGAGGGGAGAAACUAAAACUAGGUGGGCUACAAGAGUUGGAGACGUUAGAUGAGAUCAGCAGUGAGACAACUUGCAUUGCAGAUAUCCCUACAUUGAUUAGUCUACAGAAGAUGUGUGUUGAAGUUGAUGUGAUGUGGAUAGCCUGUUAAUUGUAUUGAACAACAAAAACAGCCAAUUACGUGAGAGUUACCUUUCAGUUUACUCAUGUGAUUUCAGUUCGGAGAAAGGUAGAGAGGUUUUGAAUCACGGGUUGAUGUCUCCUUCGUUGGUUAGUUUGAAGAUAUGGGAAUGCAUUAUGAGUAGCAGUUUUCCAUACUACAAACCAGAGAUGUGUCAGAAUUUAGUAAAGUUGUGGCUUACAGAAUGCAAGGUUAAGGUAGAUGUGAAGGACUUUGGCAAGUAUCCCAUGUUGCAAGAGCUAUGGUUAGAUGAAGUCGAGAUGGAAGAAACAUUAACUUGCCACUCAAAUUCAUUUCCACGACUCCAGACACUUUAUUUAAGGAAUUUGCACGAUUUAAAGGUAUGGGAAGGUAGAAGAAGGAGCAAUGCCAAAACUUACUUCCUUGAAUAUGUGUGGGUGCCCCGAUUUAAAGAAGGUUCCAGAUGGUUUGAGAUUCUCCUCCUCUCUUCGAGACAUGCUUAUCUGGAAUAUGCCAAGAGAAUUCAUGGAGAGAGUAAAUGAAGAAGAUUAUGGGCCAUUUGUCAAGAAGGACAUUGAUAUGGAUCGUGUCUACAAAGAAUAAGCAGUGGUCGAUAAAAGAGGGUUGAAGCAAAGGUAAUCAAUUUGUGAGCAUACAUUCUAUACAUCAUAUACUAUAUAACUAAAUGCUACUCCAUAUACCAUCUUGACCUUGUGCUAUUUCUUUUUCAGAUGAUAACAAAAGUUUGAUUCCUAGUGAAGGCUCUCUACACUUGCUUAUUCGCAUUUAUUGCCUCAAUUGAUACUCCAUAAAACUUUCUUGAUUUUGUUUAUGUACUUCAUACAUUAAUAAUAAGGCUCUCCAGCGCACCUCCCGACUCACCACGACCCACCUACAUCAGCUCCAACACAUCCGCUCUAUUUUGUGUCUUGUUAUCGAUUCGGUUAUUUAUUUCCAUCCGGGUUUUCUUUGUGGUUCUUUCCCGGAUCAGAUUACGAGAGUCGAACCACAUAGGAUUAGGUUUGUUUUUCCAUUAUAAAAGACUCUUGUUGUUUCCGUUAUUUCAAUUGAGCAAUAACAGCUUAUCUUUUUAAAACUCUAA